AUGCAUGACCCUUCUUUCCUGAUCGAAGAGUUUAUGGGCGUGGAAGACUCCCUUGCAGAGCUCGACAUGCCACGGAUCAUCAACAACCCGAAGCUGCGGAACGAUUGCAACUUUGACCGCGAGCUCCAUUUCAGGCCCAAUCUAGAUGGCCCCAAGGGCAAGCAAAAGAUGAAAUCCGCAGAGGACUACUGGAAGGCACUGGAGGCUGAGCUCUUCAUCUAUGGGAUGGUGCACCGGCAGAGGCGAGAUCCAUCGCAGGCAGCGAACGAGGCAUAUUGGCGAGGUGUGCUCGCCUCUAGCUCGAAGCGGCUACCACAGGUCUUCCACACCAUCCGUGACAUCCUCAAGUCGCUCGUGCCCGACUGCGAUCAGAAGGCCAUCCUUGAGCGGCUAGACGUGGACCUCAUCAUGCAGGAGAUCAUGAACGGCGUGUGUGAUCUUAUCGACCUUGGCAGCUGGCUGGCGAAAGUUCUGAAGAACCACUGCGCUCCGAUGCGUGAUGGCAUGGUGGAUGCAAUGGAGAAGGAGAUCAAGCGAGGGGCGUCGGAAGAGAAGCCGGGGAAGCUCGUGAACGGCAUCCGGCAGCUGCUGAACAUUCUUGAGGCCAUGAAGUUGGACGUGGCGAACCACCAGAUCCGGCACAUGCGGCCACUGCUCGUGGAAGACACAUUCAAUUUCCUGCGCAAGUACAAUGCUCAUCGGAUAUCGCUUGGCAAGAUCGAUGCGAAGAAACCCAAAGAUUGGCUGGAAGAAGAGCGCCAGGUCAUAGCGUCCGACGGAGGGGACUCUAGCACUCUGGACGUGUUGGUGUCUGCUCUUCUGAGGCGCCUGAUCUUCUCCGAGCAGUUCGUGCACCCACAGACAUUCUACCUCGACGUGGAAAGGCUGCGUGGGAUGCGUCAGGAUCUUCACACCAGCAUCUACCACCUCAUCUGCAGGGACGUUCUGAUCGCGAUGGCCGGCCCCAACAUUCUGACCAACGAGCUUUUGCAGGCUGCUAACGCGCUGCACAUCACGGUCUCAGCCAUCGUGGGCGUGUCUGGACGCUUCAGGGAUCGAUUGAACAACAUUGCAGCAGAGAUCAUGCGGAUAGUACUGCUGCUCGAAGGGCGUAGCUUGCCUUUCGAUGCUACAUUGCUGGAUUUCAUCGAGCAGCAGCUCGACUUCGAUCUCGCCAUCUCUUCUCCUGCGUUUCAGAAGCAUGGUCAGGAUCUCUUCGACAGGCUUGUGCCGAGCUUGCAGAGAAGCGUGCAGCAAAAUGUCAGACUGUCGGCGUUGCAGCUGCAAGACACCCUGCUACCAUCAGUAGCACCAACAGCCCCGACCCAGCUGCUUGGCUUUGGUGCAGUGUUGGCGCCCGCCCCAGGUACACAGCUGUGCGACCCCAACGACGACUCCAUCCGCCGCUUCACGCAUCUUCUCGCCUUGCAUUGGCAGAUAUGGGCUGAUCUGGUGUACACCGACCGACCAGCGUGUAACGGCAGUCCGUCGCCAGACAACGAUGAUGCAUCUGUGUCGUCCCUCCCGGCUUCAUCUACGGUACCGAUUGCGCACGCGGUCUAUGCUCCUGGCCGCAAAUGGCUACCAACUGCUGUCGCAGUCGUUGAGGUACCAACCACUGGUCUUCCAACACCUGCUUCUUCGCCAGCCCCAGAAGAAGAAGAGCCUUCACCCACGACGUCUCCUCGCCCCAGACCGAAAGCGCGGAACUCAAUCUCUGCGCCUGUAUCUACACCAGCAGCUCAACCCUCCUCACCCAACCAGCAGGCCGGGCACGAGCGCAAGCCGUCCAAGGACACCAAGAUCAAGAGGCAGCCAGCCUCGUGA